AUGAAGCCGGACAAGGCAACCAGUCUUGAUGACAUAUCUACUGAUGUCUGGGCUGUCAGGAGAUCGAAGGUCCGUGUGGCAAACACAACUCUAUUUAACAAGAUCGUGGUAGGACGGACUAUAGACGUUUGGCAAAGUUCCGUGACCGUAUGUAUCUGGAAAGGGAAAGAAGACAUUGCUGACUGCACCUCGUACAGUGACUUCAAAGAAGCAGGUCGAGCACGUGUUAAUGCGGCAUGGAUGAGAUGGAAAAUGGCAACAGGUGUACUGUGCGACAAGAGAGUCCCUGUUCGAUUGAAGUCGAAGAUCUACAGGACGGUUGUGUGUCCUGUUGCUCUUUACGGAUGCGAGUGCUGGCCGACGACGAAAGCAGUUGCAAACAAACCACUUGGAAACAGUGUUGCACGCUAUGGAGAUGCGGAUGUUGAGGUGGAUGAUAGGUGUAACGCUAAAAGACAAAGUAUCCAAUGA